AAAGACUCAAGGUAGAUCUCAGCAGGGCCGUACCUAUCCUAGAUCAUUAGGGAAAAAACAAAUCAUACCAAAGAGUACAAAAAAUAUUCAAUUUGCUAUUUCCUCGGACCAUGCAAUACAAGUUCAUUUUCAUAUAAUUCCAAAAGCAGUAGCUACUCGCUAUCAUAUGAUCUAAUUCCCGAAACAAGAGCUUCUCGCUAUCAUACGAUGUUCAAUCGAUCAAAUCUUAGGCUGUGCUGGUCGCGGUGAUUACCUUCGAGCACUGUGCAUGUGUCAAGGAGAAGUCGCGUGAUUUCAGCGGCAAAAGGCAAGCAGAUAUUGGGGGACAAUGAAGAUGGAAGCAGUGGGAAUUCUCGUCUUCAUGAAGCUGGUGCUGCUAGCCGAUUCGAUGCUGCCGGGACGACAUAAGGCGGACAUGUUCAAGGAGAGUGUCACCCGGGAGCUGGCCGCUGACGGCCAUCAGCUACACACGCUGGUCUGCCCGGGCGCGCACAGCUUCACACACCGCGACUACAUGCGCCGCCGGCGCCCCGUCAUGGCCGGCCACGCCCCCGCCGCCGACAUCUACCGGUGCUCCAAGGAGCUGGCGCCUCCCACCAACAUCUCCAUAUCGGCCCAGGUAUCGGACAUCAGCGCCGUCAACAACGGCCAGGUCACCAUAUCGCUCUACCUGAGCUACUCCUGGGAGGAGCCGCGGUUCGCGCACAUGAACAACGUGUCCAAGCACGAGUACGUCGAGGUCGCCUCCACGAUCAAGGACAAACUGUGGCUGCCCGACCUGUACGUGCCCAACGCCGCGCUGGUCGUCAGUCCCGUCAUCUUCGUGCCCACCACCAACUUCCGCAUCUACAUGAACCGCACCGUGUUCGCCAACCAGUACAUGACGCUGGAGCUCUCCUGUCCGUUCAACUACCACUACUUCCCGAUGGACACGCAGAUCUGCGACAUCGCCGUCAUGAGUUUCGGCUACUCGCCGUGCGAGCUGCAGCUGCUGUGGUCAGAGUACGAGCCGCUGAGCUACGCCGAGUCGGAGCUCACUCAGUUCUCCUACUACCUGGUGCGGCCCGAGAAGUUCUCGGCCGAGGAGCUGGGCUCCGACCUGACCGGGCCGCUGGAGCGCUCCCAGGUGCACAUGCACCUGGUGCUCGAGCGCAAGGCGCUCUUCUACGUGAUGCAGAUCUACAUCCCGUCGAUCCUGUUCGUGGUGGUGGCGUGGAUCUCGUUCCUGGUGCCGAUCGAGAUGAUCCAGGGCCGCAUGCUGCUCACCAUCACCACCAUGCUGACGCUGGUCGAGCUGUUCGCCGCCGGCAGCGAGUACCUGCCGCUGGCCAGCUACGUCAAGGCCAUCGACGUCUGGAUGUGCGUCUGCUCGUUCCUCACCUUCUACUCGGUGGUGGACUGCCUGGUGGACGUGUGGCAGCACGGGCGCGCCUCGCGACGCGACGACACCAUCGGCACGUUCGUGCUCACCGGACUGAUGCGCCGCCAGACCGUCAUGGAGAUCUUCCGCAAGAGCGUGGUGACGGAGCGGCGCCGGGCCGAGCGCGAGGAGGCAGAGGCCGACGAGGUGGAGGAGGUGGUGCGAGACCUGAGCCGGCUGCGCAGCGGCGACGAGCUCGACCAGGUGGGCGGCCUGCGCCAGAUCGUCCGCAACUUCGUCAGGGACGUGGCCAGCAACGGCAAGAAGAGCGUGUUCGGCUACCCGCUGUUCUUCGUGGUGUUCAACGCGGUGUACUGGGCCGUCUGCCUGGGCACCCAGCCGCCGCUGCACGGCACCCGGGGCGUCGUCUACCAGAAGUGAGAAAACUCGACAGGAGCCGGCUCAGGAUGACAGUUUGAACGCCACUUGGCCGAUGUUUGACAUGUGUCGAUGUUAAAAGCGUGUUUAAGUUUGUGUUGACGAAUUAUUCGUAGCCACAGUUAUUGACAUUCGGGAUUUGUUGAAGGAUUCAGAUGUAUUUCAGAGUGUUUAUGCAAUGCCCAGCUGAUACUACACCAUAAUCUAGAUUCAGCCGGACGCAGCUGGACUGCCCCGCCCGGUCCGCCUCCCUCCCCGUCCUCCGCGCCCCACCCACCCAUGGCGCCGCCUCAGCCCGCUCCCGGCGACCACUGUGACGUGCGUGGCCCACACUCAGCUUCGAUAACCCAAACAGUCUAAGUUAUGGACACCCUUGUAUUGUAAAUACAAAAAUUCCCCAAUAAAA